UGGGACGGACCCUCGGAGUGAGUGAAGAUGAAGCUGUUAGCUGUUGAUGGUGUUCUCGGCCCUCGGAACGGCCAGGUUCUCAGUCUAAAUUAGCUCUUCCAGUCAUCCGGAGUGGCUAUGAAGGCGGGCGCCUCCUGUAUGUGGGCAUCGUGCUGUGGUUUGCUGAAUGAGGUAAUGGGCACCGGGGCUGUGAGGGGGCAGCAGGCGGGUUUCGGAGGUGCAGGGCCGUUCCGCUUCGCUCCGUCUGCGGGAUACUCCACUUACCCCCCGAACUCCAGCAGCCUGGUCUGCCAGGCCUGCAGACAGACCUUCUCCGUCUUCAGGAGGAGGCACCUCUGCUGCGACUGUAAGAAGAGUUUCUGCUCGCUGUGCUCCGUCCUGCAGGAGAACCUGCGCAGGUGCGCCACCUGUCACCUGCUGAAUGGGACGGCCUUCCAGCGGCCGCGUCUGAUGCGCCUGCGGGUCAAAGACUUGCGGCAGUACCUGACGCUGCGCAACAUCAACACAGACACCUGCAGGGAAAAAGAAGACCUGGUGGACUUGGUGCUGUGUCACCAAGGGGCGGAGAGUGAGGAUGACCCCGACACGCCCACUCUGCAGACACGCCCACUUUACAGCUCAUCCACCGCAGACCCCGCCCCCCUGCUCUCCCCUUCACAUGGAGAACCAAUCAGCAGGAGCGACAGCUCAGGAUCCACCAGUCAGGACCUCGCUGACUCCACCACACUCUUUAACCUCGAGUCGACUGACCGCACACCAGAGGUGAGUCCGGCGGUGCGGCGGUCAGCGCGGGCCUCCCUCUCUGACCUGUCCAGCCUGGAGGACGUGGAGCAGCUGACGAUCAGACAGCUGAAGGAGAUUCUGGCCAGAAACUUUGUCAGUUUCUCAGGCUGCUGUGAGAAAUGGGAGCUGGUGGAGAGAGUGAGGAGACUGUACCGCGAAAACGAGGACAACCGCAAGUCCAGGGAGAACGUGAGCAGUGCCGUCAGUGCAGAUGAAGGCAGGACUCCGCUGUUUAAUGAUGAAAACCUGUGCCGUAUCUGUAUGGACGCUGUCAUCGACUGUGUGCUGCUGGAGUGCGGUCACAUGGUCACCUGCACCAAGUGCGGGAAGCGCAUGAACGAGUGUCCGAUCUGCAGGCAGUACGUCAUCCGCGCCGUCCACGUCUUCAAAUCCUAACAGCGACCGGAGAGAAACCUGAAAAAUAAACUCCACAUGAAGAAAGACUUUAGCUUCUUAAAUAAAUGUUUUGGGCCAGAUUUCCAGACUAAAGCCAGCCUUUCAGUGGCGAAUCUCCACUGGGCAUUGCAGUUUAGUCCAAGACUAGGCUUAAUCCACAUUCAGGAGACUGGCACUUUAAAGGAAUACUGCACUGUUUUCAGCCUAAUCUGUGUCUGAUGCAUUUUUGUAGCAUAGUCAGUUAUCAUUAAUUAUAAUGUUAUUAUACUUGCCUGUACUUAGAAAAGAACAAAAAAGAUGACUCUAAACACGCUUGUAAUGGAAGUCAGGGGCAGUUUCUGCAAGCAGCAUAUAAUGGACUUCAAUAGGCAGUGGCUGCAAACAACUUAAUAAUAAAAAUUAAAAUUAGGAAGUCUAUGGGCAGUUUUGCACGCUGCUUAUAAUGGAUGUCAAUGGACAAUUGCAGCAAACAGCCUAUACUGGCAGUCAGUAGCCAGUUUCUGCAAACAAUUUAAAAUAGAAGUCUAUGGGCAGUUUUGCAAGCUACCUAUAAUGGACAUCAAUAGGCAGUUGCUCCAAAAACUCAAUACUAAAAAUCAGGAAAAAAUAUGAGGUCAAUGGGCAGUUGCUGCAAACUACUUAGAAUGUGGUAGUUGACUGUAGCUGCAGGUGGGACACAGAGGUUAGGCUGAAAAGUGAUGGUGUAUUCCUUUAAGUUGAGGUCUAACAGGGAGGGAACAUGUUCUGUAGAAACGUCUUGGAACAGGAUGUCGACGCUCAACAUGAACCUGUUAAACAACAUUAUGCAAACAUUCCACAGCACACGGCCUCUACUGACGUCCGGACGCUGUAGGAUGGUCACCUGUGCGACACGCAGGCCACUGUGAGAACCUCAGAGACUCGUCUGUGAGUGGGAUCCGGGUCAUACCUCAUAACUCAGGAUGGAAAGUUCUGGAAGAGUUCAGAUGUUUCUCUGCGUGUGUGUGCGCAUCUCUGUUUCUCCUGAUUGCAUCAUCUGCCUCGGUUUAUUUUGGUUGCAGAGAGGUAUGAUGCGUUUGGGGAAGAGGGGUUUGUAGUUAUUGGAUACCUUUUUUAUGGAAUAAUUCAGCAAAAAAUCAGAUUACUGUUACUUUCCCUUCACUCCAGAUGUAGCACAUCAGCCCUGACAUGUUUGAUGUCUUAAGUUUCUUCUUGGCUUCUACUGUUUCAUUUAAAAAGCUCUAUAAUGUUCAUAUGAUCCACACAGUCACUCUGACAGACUG